AUGUCUUUCACAUUCUCUGUCACAAAUUCCAUAUCCUUCUUUAUCUCUCUCUCUCACUCACUCUCUAUCUCUCAACAUGGUGCAAUCAAGGAAAUUCAGAGGUGUAAGGCAACGCCAUUGGGGCUCGUGGGUUUCUGAGAUUCGUCACCCAUUAUUGAAAAGGAGGGUGUGGCUUGGGACAUUCGAGACAGCUGAGGAAGCAGCAAGAGCAUACGAUGAAGCCGCCAUUUUGAUGAGUGGAAGAAACGCUAAAACAAACUUCCCAGUUGGUGAAAACCAGGUGGUGAAUCACAGCACUUCCUCUUCUUCAUCUUCCACCUCUACAUUGUCUGCAGUUCUGAGUGCAAAGCUUAGGAAGUGCUGCAAAUCUCCCUCACCUUCCCUCACUUGCCUGAGGCUUGACACUGAGAAUUCCCACAUAGGGGUGUGGCAGAAGAGAGCAGGCCCUCGUUCUGACUCUAACUGGAUCAUGAUGGUUGAGUUGGAAAAAAAGAACAGCCCUGAUCAUGAUCAUGAUCAUGAUCAUGAUCAAGAUCAAGCUCCUUCUUCUGAUUCUGAAGUUCCUGUUGUUGUUGUUGAUCAUCAUGCUGCAGAGAAGAUAAAGCCUGAGGAAGGUAAUGGCUUAGAUGAGGAGCAGAGAAUGGCUCUGCAGAUGAUAGAGGAGCUUCUGAAUAGGAAUUGAGGUGUAUAGACAUCGUGAUUCCAACUUUUCACUUAGUUUAUUAGUCCCACAUAGGAAAGGAUAGUGAGAGUGGUACUGCAUUAAUUUGGUGAUGAGGAAUGAGGAUGUUAAGUUUAAUGUCUGUGGCUGUGAAUGAGUGUGUAACU